AUGAAGCUUUCCGCUCUUCUCGCUUUCGCCAGUGUUGCUGGUGUUGCUGUUUCCAGCCCGAUCGCAUCGGCCCUCGAAGCCGAUAAGGACGCUGGGAGCCUCUUCAAGCGCCAGUCCAUCAACUAUGUACAAAACUACAAUGGUAACCUGGCCAAUUUCAAGUACAAUGAGGGUGCUGGCACGUACUCCGGCAGCUGGAACAACCCGUUCGACUUUGUCAUUGGCCUAGGCUGGAGCCAGGGCACAUCGUCGCGUAUUAUCAAUUUCGGCGGCAACUACCAGAGCAACCAAGGCUCGUACUACGCUGUCUAUGGCUGGCUCAACAGUCCCUUGACCGAGUACUACGUCGUCGAGAAUUACAGUUACGACCCGUGCACCGCCAGCAACACGCAGCAAGUGGGCACCGUCACCUCGGACGGAUCGGGCUACAAGAUCUGCAAGCACACGCAGGUCAACCAGCCUUCGAUCCAAGGUACCAAGACCUUCGGUCAAUACUUCUCCGUUCGCCAGAGCAAGCGCAGCUCGGGCAGUGUCACGCUCGCCAACCACUUCAACGCCUGGAAGAAGUAUGGCUUUGCCAAUGGCGCCGCCAACCCAGAUUUCAACUACCAAGUCUUCGCCACCGAGGCUUUUGCGGGUCAAGGCUCAGUCAGCGUACAAGUGAGCGGGUGA